AUGGAUGAGCAAGACUCAGCUGGCCAUGAAGCAGGAAGAGGCCUUGGAACCCACCAUGGGAGCAGUGGGGGAUUCUGGGAAAACUCUGUGAAGAAGGAACUGGGUGAGGAGGACACCCUUUGCUCAGAGGUGCAGAGCCAGCUGCUCAGGCAGUUCUGCUACCAGGAGGCCAAAGGACCCCGAGAGGUUUGCAGCCAACUCUACCACCUUUGCUGUCAAUGGCUGAAGCCGGAAAGGCACACGAAAGCUCAGAUGUUGGACCUGGUGAUCUUGGAGCAGUUCCUGGCUGUCCUUCCUCUGGAGAUGGAGAGCUGGCUGAGGGAAUGCGGAGUGGAGACCAGUUCCCAGGCAGUGGCCCUGGCCGAAGGUUUCCUCCUGAGUCAGGCAGAGGAGAGGAAGCAGGCAGAGCAGCAGGUGAGAGAGACUUUCCUCUGGAUACUCCCAAGGGGCUCCAAAGAGGAGGGAGAGUAUCCCCCCAGUUCUCUACUAAUUUGCCCAUCCUUUUUUGGAAAGCAUCCGAGGAAUGAUAUCGGACAGCCCUAAAGUGUUUGCGUCAGCUGCUCCUUUUCUAAUCCUUCUCCCCACUCUCUCUUGAAUCCUUGUUGCUCUCUCAGGGGAAGGAUCUGUUAGCAGAAAUGGGUCCGGAUUCCUCUGAGGCAGAGAAGACUCCCUUGGACUCCAGAGAGAGGCCUCUGGGUAAGGAGGAAGGAGUUUUCUCUCUGUUGGGUCACAUUUUGUGGAUUCUGAAACUAAUUUAAUCUUUGGGGUGGGGGGGAAGUCACAGAGGACCAAGAGCCCAGAGAAAGAGAGAUGUGUUUUUGCACUCUAGUAUGUGAAAUGGGUACAAACGUCCAUAUUUAGGUGGCAACUCCUGCUUGUUUGAAGGCGCACCUGUAGUUUUCCUUCGGAGUGAAGCAUGCGCUCUUGGCUUCCCACUUACCUUCUUCUCUCGCAGGAGACAGAAUGAUGCCAGCAAGACCUGCUUGUCCAUCUUUUCUUGGUGGCGGAGGGGAAGCUGCCCCUGUGGACCCAGAGCAGGUAGGAGGAAGGAGCCAUGUGGGGAGAGAGGAUGUCAUGGACUGGUGGACACAGAGGAAUGGUGGGAGGAACCGCCAAGGAACGAAGGCUCAGGGCCAGGGGAGGGGUGGGGGGACGAUGAUGAGAGGUUAGAGGGAGAAAAGGAGACUGGGAGGAGAAGGUGUCGGUAGCUGAAGAAGCAACAAGUCUUAGUGAGCAGAGGGAGUCUGUGGCAGAGAGCAAUCCAGACACAGAGGCAGAAGCGGAGGCAGGGGAGUGAGAUGCGGGAGACCAAGAAGCAGAGAGGAAUCCAGCUGGUGAAGAAGAUUAAGGGUCUCCUAGUCCUCUUGUGACAAGCUCUCCUCCCUGCUGGUACUCCACAACCCAGAGAGCAAUGAAUACAAUAAUCUUUAUUGUCAUUGUCCCAUACAGAACAACGAAAUUGAAAAAAUCUACAUCAGUCAUUCAGAAACCAACAAGCCUGCUAUCCCAGCCUGAUUAACCCCCUAAAACCUCUGAUACCCCAUAAUUAAAUACAAUAUACUCUUACAGAGACUACCUUACAUUGCGUUUAAAACCAAAAUUGCAUUUGGAUAGAAACUGUUUCUCAGGCAGCUAGUCCUAGUCUUUAUAACCCUGUACCUUCUUCCAGAAGGCAGAAACUGAAAGAGAUCAUUUCCGGGGUGCGCACUAUCCUGCGCUAUAUCUGCAUCUUUCUUGUGACACCUGGAAGCGUAGAUUUGAUCCAAGGUGGAAAGAGUGCACCCAAUUAUUCUCUCCACAGUCUUUAUAACCCUGGACAGCAUUGAAGCUGGAGGAGCAGCCUCAGAUUGCCUGGGGAGAGCCCUGGAGAGGGGGGGCACCCCAUCAGUCGCACAAUGGGGGUUUCCCCCUCUCAUCCCCCUGUCGUUGCCCCCCUGCACACUUUGAAGUUGUCUAUAGCGCAUCAGGAGGGUCCUCCCCACCCGGCAAGAACAGCACAGAGGGACAGAAGAAAUGGGAUCCUUCCAUGUGGCAAACGGGAAUGUAUCCAUAAUGAAAUGUGCAGAGAAAGAAUCCCAUUAAAACGUAAUAUCAAUUAAGAGGCAGAAGACAACAGAUGAAAGUGUAACUCUUGACCUUGAUAUUGUCUAAGAGGACAACCUUUUUCUUUUAGGGUCCAGUGUGCUUCGAAGAUGUAGCUGUCCAUUUCACUGAUGAGGAGUGGCUGUUGCUGGAUCCUGACCAGAGAGCUCUGCAUCAGAAGGUCAUGGAGGAGAAUCGUGGGAUCUUGGACUCUCUCGGUAAGGCUUCCUCUUGGAUCAUCCUAUCUGUUUUGUAAUUCAAGACAUCUCUCUAGGUGACAAACCUCUGAUAUUUUGAUGGGGCUCAACAGCGCCACCCACAACACCUGGGAUGCUAACACUCCCACAGCAAACCUUGGAUGGAUGGCUGUUGAUUGUUUUCUCUGUGAAUAUUCUUCCUCCAGUUCUGCCUUUUCAAAGCAUGAAACUCAGCCAGAUGACUGGCAUAUAAAUAAUAAAAUCAUCAUCAUCUUGCCUACCCCCCUCCAAGAUGGCCCUCCUUUUGCUCUUAAAGGGCUGGCCUGUCUGCAGCCCCCACAGACUCCCAUCAGGGCCCCUUCAUGGGGGCAGAAGCAGAGAAAAGGCCUCAGGAAAGCAGCCAUGGCUCCAGCAGGGCUGGGAAGCAUCUGGCCAGAUGUACAGGAGGAGGAGGUGACCGCUCUCCUUGCCCCUCAGGCUCCUCCCAUCCCCUCAUAGGGGCAGCGCCACCAGAGGUGCAAGGUGCUGAGCAGGGGGGGGGGAUGCUCAUCUGAAGAUCCUUCAGGGCAGAUAAGACACCCCCCCCCCCCAAUAUUUUUUCAGAGUCCUCUAAACUGCCCAGGCCUUCUUAAAUGUAUCUUCAAAGUGAUUCAGGAAGUUGAAGUGGCUUCUCUCAGAUGUUUUGCUUCUGUUCUUCUUCUAUCUGUUGGCUGACUAAAGAGACGAGUGACAUUGGAGAUGGUGCAGAUCCCAUGAUUGGGCCAAACAAAAUCCGUCCCAGAAAAUAAGCAGGCUUUUUGAAUCUCAGGCAGUGAACCCUGGAGGAAGACCUCACAUCUAGCUCCCUUCAGUUCUUUCCCUGUCACAAGCAUUAAUUAGCACUGCUCCAUAAUUUGGGGCUCCAUUGCUUCCUGAGGUCUAAUCUGUUUGUCACUUAGUUGCAGAUGAUGAUGAAUUGGAGAAGGAGAAUGAGGGAGACCGCAACAAAAGCCAAACAGUGGGGAUGUCAUAUCCAUAUUCAGAGUACGGAGAGAUCUUCAGCCAGAGCUCCCAUUCCACUUCAAAUCAAAGAAAUCCCCUUGAGAAUAAACGCCAUCAGUGCUUGGAAUGUGGAAAGAGCUUCAUUCACAGAGGCCUUCUCAGUGUCCAUCAGAGAAUUCAUACAGGGGAGAAGCCAUAUCAGUGCUCAGAAUGUGGAAAAAGAUUCACUCAGAGUGCCCAUCUCACAACCCAUCAGAGAAUUCAUACAGGGGAGAAACGCUAUCAGUGCUUAGAAUGUGGAAAGAGAUUAAUUGACAGACGCCAGCUCACUGUCCAUCACAGAAUUCAUACAGGGGAGAAACCCUAUCAGUGCUUGGAAUGUGGAAAGAGAUUCAUUGACAGACGUCAGCUCACGGUCCAUUACAGAAUUCAUACAGGGGAGAAACCCUACCAGUGCUUGGAAUGUGGAAAGAAAUUCACUCAGAGAGCUAAUCUCACAACCCAUCACAGAAUUCAUACAGGGGAGAGACGUUAUCAGUGCUCAGAAUGUGGAAAGGGCUUCACUGACAGACGCCAGCUCACUGUCCAUCACAGAAUUCAUACAGGGGAGAAACCCUAUCAGUGCUUGGAAUGUGGAAAGAGCUUCACUGAUAGACGCACGCUCACUGACCAUCAGAGAAUUCAUUCGGGGGAGAAGCCAUAUCAAUGCUUGGAAUGUGGAAAGAAAUUCACCCGGCGCACCCAACUCACAACCCAUCACAGAAUUCAUCAGGGGAUAAACCCUAUCAGUGCUCAGAAUGUGGAAAGAGCUUCAUUGACAGAAGCCAGCUCACUGUCCAUCAAAGAAUUCAUGCAGGAGACAAAUCCCAUCAUUGCUUGGAAUGUGGAAAGAGAUUCAUUGCAAAGGCCAAACUCACAAUCCAUCAGAGAAUUCACAGUGGGGGGAAACGAUUUCAGUGCUUGGAAUGUGGAAGGAGCUUCAGUCACAGGGCCCGUCUCGCUUCCCAUCAAUGAACUCACAUUGGGGGCAAUCUAUAGUAGUGGCUGUAUACAGAUUUAA